AUGAAACACAUCAUGAACGAGGAGCCGCCGAGGACUCCUCUGACCCGCAGUGUUGCAGCGCAGGGCAGUGGUCAAAGACGCAGCACCAGACAGAGCACCAAUGCCCCUGCUGCUCACACUCCUCAGGGGCUGCUUCGGCGGAGCCUCAAACAUAAAAUGCGGGAGAGUCUCACGAGAACCACACUCACCAAGCAAAGAAGAACUACAUCCACCGUGUUCGAACAAACCCCUGGUCCUUCCUCUGUGCUCUUAGACGACCGAGAAACUCCAAGACAAAUCUUUAAGAACAUCCUCCUCACAGAGCCAGUGAAAUCACCUUUGAUAAAUGAGCCCGUUGAUUCACAAAAACAACAUCCCCAGAAAGCCUCUCCAGACUCAAGUCGACAAAGUAGACCAAGCAUCGAGCUCUCGGGACUGGAGCUUUCUGAUUUAACCACCGGCAACAUUGAGACUAGCAUAAAAAGACUCACUCGAAAGCGGCCUCAUCGUAGUCUCAAUGUUACGGCGUUUGAAAACCGCCUCAAAGGAGAGAAUGAUGAGGAAGAGGAAACGAUGGAUCAAUCCUCGCUGUCAUCGCUAAGCCAAACGUCUCUCACUCUCAAGACGCCUUUUAUCGACGUCCGGACGGAAAAAAAAGCUUUACAGAGAAAAAUAUCAAACCUCAGAAAAGUUUCAGAAGAUGAUUUUGGAGCUGCCGUGGCUCGGAGAGAGUUGGGGAUCCACGAUGGCAGUAUCUCAGCCCCCGGUCAACUAUUUGGCGAAACCACAGGCUCGGAAUCCUUUGGCCUAAGCAAAAUCAGCGAGCCCGACAUUACUACAGACAUUUUCAACUGCAACACGGCGCUGUACGGCCAAGCUGAGGGCCUGCCGAACUUCUCGACGCUCGCAACUCAAGAAAAAGCCACGGUCAUGGCGUCGCAGAUUCAGAGAGCCCUCCGAGAGCAGCUGGAGGUGGAUCAGGAGCCCUAUUCGUUCCCAACAGAAGAAAAGAGUAGGAUUGAGGUCCGCCAGUCUCCAGAGAUGUCCGAUAAUGUGGACGAUUAUGAAGACAUCCCAGGUCCCAGCUCUGAGGCAGAUUUUCCGCCGGUGGACGAUGCAGCUGCAGCCGUGUCUACCGAAACUGCAAAAGAAGACGUCAGUGCUGAAAACGUGGAAGACCAAAGUCACGGUGUGAGAGGAGAGACUGAGGAGGAGGGAACAGCAGAGGAGGAAGAGGAGGCAGAGGGAAUGACUCAAGGAGAGACUGAGGAGGAAGAGGAGGCAGAGGGACUGACUCAAGGAGAGACUGAGGAGGAAGAGGAGGCAGAGGGACUGACUCAAGGAGAGACUGAGGAGGAAGAGGGGGCAGAGGGACUGACUCAAGGAGAGACUGAGGAGGAAGAGGAGGCAGAGGGACUGACUCAAGGAGAGACUGAGGAGGAAGAGGAGGCAGAGGGACUGACUCAAGGAGAGACUGAGGAGGAAGAGGAGGCAGAGGGACUGACUCAAGGAGAGACUGAGGAGGAAGAGGGGGCAGAGGGAAUGACUCAAGGAGAGACUGAGGAGGAGGAAGAAGGGGGAACAGCAGAGGAGGAAGAUCAGGCAGAAGUCGACAUGGAAGGUAAUGAGGAGGCUGACUACCAGGCAGCAGAUGUAAUGGAGGACGAGGAGGAGGAGGAGGCUGAAGAUAAAGAUGAAGACGAAGACCAGGCAGCAGAUGUAAUUAACUUUUUUGAAGAUGUGGCAGAAGUCGUUGUCAUGGACAGCGACGAAGAGGCGGGAGAUUCAGAGCAGGCUGAAGGCGACGUUGAGAGUGACGAAGAGGAGGCUGACGCGGUGGACGCAGACUCUCAGGAGGACGAGGAUUCGGAGCAGGUCGCACAGAGAGCCGUGAGUGCGGAGGUCGACCUGAUCGCGCCUCUCCACAGACCUGCUGCUGACCUGCCAGACGCUGAACUUGAAUAUGAGGAAACGGAACAAUCGAGCCUUGGAAGUGUCAAUGACAAGGAAAAUGCAAUACAGGAAAGCGGUCCGCCAGAUGGCGAUCAGUCUGAGGAGGAGGAAGAGGAGGAUGAUUUCCCGAGUGAGACCCCUGCGUUCGUGAAACAAAAGAGGAUUUUCUUACAUUCUGAGGCACAAGUCACACCUCUGGCUUCUAAGAAUAUCCAGCCCAGUCGAGAUGAUCCAAAGCCAAAAUCUAAACCCAGAGCUCAGAGAAAACCCAGAUCAUCAAAGAGCGAUCCAGGCCUCCCCAAGAGCUACGUCAUGAAUGUGUUUAAACAUUUUGCAAAGACUAAAGUCUCUGCAGACGUCUAUCCUGUCCUGAAAGAGACAACGGACAAGUUUUUUGACCGUGCUGCAAAAGACCUGGAGGCGUACGCGCUUCAUGCAAAGAGAUCCACGAUAGAUGUCGCUGAUUGUGAACUUUUACUCAGAAGACAGGGCCACGUCAACGAUAAGAUUUUCUCCCGGGCAAUAAGGAGACAUGCUCGGAUGUGGCUCGUGCUGAUGCAGGUGGAUGCUGAGGAGAACCACUGA